CCCACACGCCUGGAGCAGAGGGUCUGUGUCAAGAGCGGCGGGGGCUGUGAGAGGUGAGAGAGACGGGUGAGGGCGCCGCGGGGCGGGCGGGGGAAGAGAGCGCUGGGCGUACCGAGAGGGCAGAGGGAGAAAGAAAGGGAGGAACUCCCCGGGGUCGAGGAGCUUUGGGGCCCGCGCUCGGGCCAGAGCGGAAGGGGAGCGCUCCUCCGUCCCGUGCCCGGGAGCACGGAUUGAACGAACUCCGGCGCUGCGCACGACCGUCUCUCUGGAGCUCGCUGCCCCGCUGCCCGCCUCGCAGUGAGCUCUCAGGCUGCAGACUUAAGAGGAACCUGAGAGAAGGGAUGUGUAGCCGGGAAGUUGAACUAACAGGCCUCAGGCUCUGCCACCCUCCCUAUGAUGGCUGAAGUGGCAACUGAGGGCACCGAGAUUCCCACACAGAUGUCCCCAGCAGCCCUGGAGGUGUCUACCCUGCCCCUUGGAGAGAUAAUGGAGAUGUCCGCAGGGGUGACUGAAAUGACCCCUGGGGAGGCCCUGGCCUCCUCCCUCUUCUUCCAGCACCACCAGUUCAUGUGCUCUGAGUGCGGGAGCCUCUACAACACACUGGAGGAUGUCCUCUCCCACCAGGAGCAGCACGUGCCUGCCACACUGGACACAGCUCCGCUGGCCACACACGAGGCCAGUCUAGAGCCUGGCAGCCUUGAGGAUGGGCCUUUCCAAUGCUGUGAGUGCAGCCAGCUCAUCCUCUCCCCCACUGAGCUGCUAGCUCACCAGGAUGCCCACCUUCGGGAGUCCACCAGCCAGAUCCAGUACCAGUGCGGGGACUGCCAGGAGCUGUUCCCCUCUCCAGAACUGUGGAUGGCCCAUCGCCAAACCCAGCAUCUGCCGGCAGUGCCGGUGGCAGAGCCUCCAGGGCCCCUUCCCCUGCCACCGCCAACACCCCCUGCACCUCCUGAACUAAAGAUGGAGCCCUAUGAAUGUCCUGAGUGUUCAGCCCUGUGUGCCACCCCGGAGGAGUUUCUAGAACACCAAGGCACCCACUUUGACUCCCUAGAGAAAGAAGAGCGCAAUGGGCUGGAGGAAGAGGAGGAAGAUGAGGAGGAGGAAGAGACAGGGGAUGAGGAGGCAGCCACGGAGGUAGGCGAUGAUGCUUUAGGAGGGAACAAGGCCACUGCAGGCCAGGCCCCGGGCUGUGGGGAUUGUCUCCAACACAGGACCUCCAGUGGGGUACGCCGGCGACACCGGCGGGCAUCUAGGGGCCCCGCCACGGCCACCCACCCCUUUCACUGCGGCCAGUGCCAGCGUAGCUUCAGCUCUGCCAACCGGCUGUUGGCCCACGGGCGGGCCCACGUGGGGGGCACACAUGAGUGCCCCGCCUGCUCCAAGGUGUUCAAGAAAGCCGCUUCCCUGGAGCAGCACGUGCGGCUGCACCGUGGCGAGGCCCGGUACCUGUGUGUGGACUGCGGCCGCGGAUUUGGUACUGAGCUCACGCUAGUGGCGCAUCGGCGGGCACACACCGCCAACCCGCUGCACCGCUGCCGCUGUGGCAAAACCUUCAGCAACAUGACCAAGUUCCUCUACCACCGGCGUACUCACUCUGGCAAGAGUGGAGUACCCCCCACCACCACGGCAGGCUCCCCAGCACCCCCUGAGCCUGCACCCCCACCCCCACCUCCAGUCCCAGCCCCACCUGUGCAGCUGCCCUGCCCUCAGUGCUCCAAGUCCUUUGCCUCAGCCUCCCGGCUCUCCCGACACCGGCGCUCAGUCCACGGGCCCCCUGAGCGGCGGCACCGCUGCGGCAUCUGCGGUCGGGGCUUUAAGAAGCUGGUGCACGUGCACAACCACCUGCGCACGCACACGGGCGAGCGGCCCUUCCAGUGCCACUCAUGCGGCAAGACCUUCGCCUCUCUGGCCAACCUCAGCCGCCACCAGCUGACGCACACGGGCGUGCGGCCCUACCAGUGCCUGGACUGCGGCAAGCGCUUCACCCAGAGCUCCAACCUGCAGCAGCACCGCCGGCUGCACCUGCGGCCUGUGGCCUUCGCCCGUGCGCCCCGCCUGCCCAUCGCUGGCCUCUACAACAAGAGUCCCUACUACUGCAGUACCUGCGGCCGCUGGUUCCGUGCCCUGGCCGGCCUGCGGCUGCACCAGCGUGUCCACUCUCGCACCCGGACUCUGCCAAUCCCUCCGCACCCCCGCUCCCCACCCCCUGCACCGCCCCCACCCCCCGAGCCCCAGCAGACAAUCAUGUGCACAGAGCUUGGGGAGACCAUUGCCAUCAUCGAGACCUCACAGCCGCUGGCACUAGAGGACACGCUACAGCUGUGCCAGGCAGCGCUGGGGGCCAGCGAGGCGGGCGGGCUGCUGCAGUUGGACACAGCCUUCGAGUGAGCCAGAGAGCAGGAGAGCAGCAAUAAAAGCGUUUGGUUGCA